GUGUGAUUAGUUCAGGACCCAAGGCCCUGAAGGGCCUUUCAGUGAUCAUGGCCAUGGACUUCAAAUUGCCUUCUGGCUGCUACACGGAGAGCUCUGUCAAGGAGCUGAGGGCAUUUCUCAGCUGCACACAUCGCAGGAUCGGUGAAGGUUCCCUUCCCUGGCGCUUGGCUCAGCGUGGUCCACAGCUCUUGCUGAUCAUCGCAGAGUUUUUGCUGGCGCCAAGAGUUGUCCUGUACGCUGGCUGCGAGGAUGGCCGUAUCAAAGUGCUUGAACUCAUGGAGCAGGAAGGUUCACGCAUCAAGGAGGUGCAAUUGGUGGCGACUCCAAAUGCUACAUCGCAAUCCAGAUUUUGGACCGUUGGCUGUCCACAACGAGUCAGUGGCCUGGCAGUGGGCGAUGGCUGGCUCUUGGCGGCGAUGUUCUCUGGAACUCUCCGAAUCUUUUUGCUUCCAUCGCAUGACGAACAGGUCAGCACCCACCUGAAGGUGCUACUUCCUCCUCAAUCACCGGUCAUCGUCAGAUGCACCGGGCUCGUUGCCAGCCGAAGAGCUUUGUAUGUUGUAAACCUGCGCCACGGCGACAUCCUUCAAGAAGUCCCACUGCUUUUUGCAGCGAGGCCUUGCAUAAUCGCAGAAGGUCAAUCCGUGUUCGUUCAGUGUGACGAAGCGAUUCGGGUCUGGAAGUGCUCAGCGCUGCUUCAGUGUCAGGCAGAUACCACGGAGCCACUUGCAAUGCCGCAGGACUUUUGGAAUCCUCAUCGUCAAAUGCUUGUGGGUAUGGCUGUUUUGCCUGGUGGAGAGUUUCUGGCAACGGCUUGUCCGGAAGAGAUCCGUGGAUGGGCCUGGCCUCCAGAUGAUGUCAAAGGGUCUGCGCCGCAUCUUCUGUGGACUGUACCCACUGGCAGCUUCUGUGGUGGGGGUUGGGAGGCGACAUCCCUUCUUUGGGUCCCAUCCACUGGACAUACUGGACGCCUUGCUGUUUUCGGCGAUUGUGAUGGCUCCCUGGUUGUGUGGGAGUCGCAGCUCUGCACAUCCUUUCAAGAUAAACCAGGCUCUCUCACCAUGUUUCAACUUCCCGGUCCGCUUUUGACUCACUCAGCCGUUCCAUCGACAGUUCUUGGAGGUACUGUUUGGUCAGAGGCAGCAUGGUUCUCAUGGGGGUUGACUGGUGCAGCUUCUCCGCUCAGGGCAUGCCUGGAGCAAGACGCUGGGUCUAUGGUGACGGUGAUUUCUUCAUUGGCAUGUUGUGGGCCUGUUUCUUCAAGGGCCCUUCCUCGCUUGUUUUAACCCGCCAGAUGUGCCCUUCCGAGCUCCGCCCCGUGUACUGAUGUUCUCCCAUCCAGCUUCGUGCCUGUUCAUCAUUGGCCUUGACGUGGCCUUGCACACACACAGCUCUGCAGCACAGUAGACCCACUGCAGUACCUCUCCGAGUUCUCGUGUGGAAGUGCUCCGGCGAGUGCAGCGCUCCGAGAAGCGCUUUGAGAGGCUCCCGUUCAAGUUCUCUUCGCAGCUUUGUUCAGCUGGGCCGAGAACUACGCCAUGGAGCAUGCUGCGGGUGAACACGUGUAAUCUCACAACGUCAUCCUAUGACCCUGCUCCAUCAUUGACGAAUGCCAAGUCAUGCCGCCCAUUUCUUUGCAAAUCAUGUCUGAGUCCCUUUCAAAACAAAAAAUCGUCAAGAACGCAACAAACACCUAACACCGAAAGAAAAGCAAGAGAGGAUUUCUGCAAGGAGGCAGAACCAGGCUGGAAGGAGAAAGCACCCCCACAAGAGCUGACCAUGAACUUCUGAGACCGCGCCAGCAACAUGUAGGAUGUUUGCAACAUGUCACGUCACAAUGUCCUAGCACGCCAUCUUAAAGAAACUAGUUGUCAGUUGUUCUUGAAUUGAAGAUUGAUCAGAUUGUUGUUGAAUGGUGUAAAGACUAUCAGACGGUGUUGGUCCGUAGUUGUAGCAAACAUAGGAGUUCCAGGGAAAGCUCAGCAUAAAAUGCUGUGCUUUCAAAGGCGCGGAUACGAACUGGUGCAGCGAACUCCAUCCACUUCGUCUACGAAUCUCGGCCCUUCCAAGACGCUCUUUGUCUCUUUGCCAGACCUACGAAGAGAGCUGUGAAGGCUCCAAGGAACCUUUUCCCGAAAUGGUCAGGAGGUGUUCUCAGGUGCUCACCAAGUAAGUCGAGUGAUCCACCACUAUCACGGCGUCCACGAAUGCAAACAGCAAGGGAUGGCAAGGGAGGAAUGGAAACGACAAGGGCGCUGCUAUGCUGCUGCAGGUCCUCUUCUACUGCAAUGGCCAUAGCAUGCAGCUUCAGACGCAAACGCAUGGAAACAAAGGUCCCUUCAUGCAGCAAAGGCGGUGGAACUCCAAGUGACUUCUCGCACACUCCAAACAAUCACGGCAAGGCGAGCAAAUGGCUAGCCACAGGUGAGCAUGGUGUGGACGAGUCAGAGGGAACGGACAUCAUCUAGGUCUAGGCCGGAACAGCACAACACUCAAAUCAUGGUGGUGCGAAAGGCGAUGAUCGGCAAAACUCAGUGCCCAAGUUUGUCACAUGAAAGUUUGUCCCGUUUCGGAAGAACAUGAGGAAAACUCCAGGACUUGUCGGACUUGUGCGUUGAGGUUUGUGGCAAAAGAGGAAAUGGUGAGCAAAACCUUCCAGAUGUGAUGUUCUGCAUGUUCUCAUGGUUCUUUAGCUCCAAGCCCGUGGAUGAAACUACAGAGUCGUUUUCACAGGACAAUCAGGAUAUGAAUGGUGGCUUUGCCUGUGGCUGUGCCCCAACUGAUUGAGAAGCUUCAUGAUUGGGAACCUGCGGAUGUUGAGUGCUCACUUAGAAAAGUGGGUGAAAGUGGGUGCUCAGGGCCUGAAGGGAAGCUUCAUCGGGGCCGCUAGCCGAAGUAGACAGUGAUCAACAGUGAUUGAUUGACAGGUGACGAUCAGAAGCUUCGGGACAUCGUCCUCACGAUCCUCACGGUCCUCCGAUUCUUGGGCUUUCUUUUGUUUCAAAAUCCUUUUUCUACUUCCACAAAAUGCCACGUCCAUGAUUUCUUCAAUGUAUGGAUACUUUGUGGAAUUACUACGGAUACUUUGUUUUUUGGUGGGGACUUUGCGCCAUCGAGCUCAUUGGAAACGCAAGAACUUGAGAAUGCCACGGUCCCAGAAGGCUUACGAUUUUCACUGACUCGCAAUGCAAUGCAGAGCUUGUGCUUCACAAUCCUUGACUGCAUUCUUUCACCUUGAGAGUUCUGAGUUCGGGCACUUUUGGUGAGGUCGAGAAGAUGUGCAUCAUGCCUGAAAGGAGCUGCCAGUGUCAAAGAAAUUGUUUUGCCAAAAACAAAAGAACAAUCGAGACAAAGCUUUCAACUCAAAAGAACCAGUCUAGCAAUUUCACAAGUGCGAGACGUGUGCAAUGAUCUGGCGGCAGUAGACAAAAGACAUGAUGCUUUGAUUCUUUGCGUCAAAUGCAGAGUUACGCAGUUGCUCAGAUUUUUGGUCGGGGUACCUUGGUGUUCAUUGCAGCCGUUUGGAAGUUUUGCAGGACAUGCCAAUGCAAUCAUCGGAAGCUCUUUGAGUGAACACACUUCUGCGCAUCACAAUCGCAAGUGCGCAAACCCAUAUUGCAAAAGGUCAAACAAGUACUGC